AUGUCCGGCUCCAUCGGCCAGCCCGACGGCGGUGGGGGCACGGGCGGCGGCGGGCUCGGGGCGGCGGCGGGCGGGGACCCCAGCCCGGGUUCCCCGCCGCCGCCCGCGCCCGAGGCCGCCGAGGAGGCCGCUCCCGCGCCCCGGCCGCCGCCCGAGCCCGACGACGCGGCCGCUGCGCUGCGCCUGGCGCUGAACCAGCUCUCGGUGCUGGGGCUGGGGGGCGCGGGCGACCAGGACGAGGAGGGGGCUGUCGCGGGCGGCGGGGAUGGCGUGGCAGCUGCUCGGGGAGCGGACGGUGGGGCCGCAGCGGAGCCUACGCCCCCCGACGGGCCCGAGGUGGGCGCGCCCGUGGUGGCCGUGGCCCCCGGCCCGCUGCCGCUGCUGGAGCCCGACGUGAGCCCCCCACCGCCGCCGCCCCGGCCGUCACCGCCCGAUGUGUUCGCGGGUUUCGCGUCCCACCCCGCAGCCCUGGGCCCCCCGACGCUGCUAGCUGAGCAGAUGAGCGUGAUUGGCAGCCGCAAGAAGAGCGUGAAUAUGACCGAGUGCGUGCCCGUACCCAGCUCCGAGCACGUCGCCGAGAUCGUGGGUCGCCAGGGGUGCAAGAUCAAGGCUCUGCGCGCGAAGACGAACACAUACAUCAAGACCCCGGUGCGCGGAGAGGAGCCUGUCUUCAUUGUGACCGGCCGCCAGGAGGACGUGGAGAUGGCCAAGCGUGAAAUCCUGUCUGCGGCAGAGCACUUCUCUGUGAUUCGUGCUACACGCAGCAAGGCAGGUGGGCUGCCUGGCACCGGGCAAGGCCCACCCAACCUGCCAGGACAGACCACCAUCCAAGUACGCGUGCCCUAUCGCGUGGUGGGGCUGGUAGUGGGGCCCAAGGGUGCUACCAUCAAGCGCAUCCAGCAGCGGACGCACACAUACAUCGUGACACCCGGACGUGACAAGGAGCCGGUAUUCGCUGUGACAGGCAUGCCUGAGAACGUGGACCGGGCGCGCGAGGAGAUUGAGGCUCACAUCACGCUGCGCACUGGUGCAUUCACUGAUGCUGGCCCUGACAGUGACUUCCAUGCCAAUGGCACGGACGUCUGCCUGGACCUGCUUGGGGCAGCUGCGGGCCUCUGGGCCAAGGCCCCCAACCCUGGGCGGAGGCCCCCCUUGCCCACCGCCAGCCUCCGUGGGGACAGUACCCUAGGCGCCCCAGGGGGGCCUGAGGCCUUCUACCCAGGCAGCCGCGGGGGACCACCAGUGCCAGACACGGGCCCCGCCAGCCCCUAUGGCGGCUCAGGCAAUGGGGGCUUCACCUUCGGCGGGGACGGCCCAGGGGCCCCCACGGGGCCACCUGCCCCCGAGGACUGCGAUUUCGGCUUUGACUUCCUGGCGCUGGACUUAACAGUGCCUGCAGCAGCCACCAUCUGGGCCCCCUUUGAGCGCACUGCGCCCAUGCCGGCCUUCAGCAGCUGCUCUGCCGUCAAUGGAGCCCCUGUGCCACCUGCUCCGGGUGUCCGGCGCAGCAGCGGGGCUGGUACCCCGCGACACUCCCCCACGCUGCCUGAACCUGGUGGCCUGGGCCUGGAGCUCCCAAUGGCCCGCCGCGGGCCCCCUGACCCAGUGGGCGCCCUGCCCUGGCGGCCCCCACAGGGCUCCCUGUCAUCUUUCCCAAGUAGCAGCAGCUUCUCCACGGCCACCUCACUGCCCAGCAGCUCCUCAGCCUCCUCGUGCUCCCCCCUGGACUCAAGCACCUCGGAAAGCAGCCGCAAGCCCUCAGCCACAGCGUCCUCGGGGUCCGGAGCGCCCGUGGCCUCCACCGCCCCUGGCCCAGCGCUGGUACGGGAGUGUGUGGUGUGCGCAGAGGGCGAGGUGAUGGCUGCGCUAGUGCCCUGCGGCCACAACCUCUUCUGCAUGGACUGUGCCGUGCGCAUCUGUGGCAAGAGCGAGCCUGAGUGCCCUGCCUGCCGUACGCCCGCCACCCAGGCCAUUCAUAUCUUUUCCUAACGAGUCACCUCGCCGCACCUGCGGCCACGGGGCCAUCUGUAGGAGCCUGGAGUGGGCAUGUGCUCUAGGCCGGGGUGGGGGAAGAGAGGGAUGAUGGGCAGGGAGGGUAGAGGGGCAGGCCAGGGGAAGAGGGGUCAGGGGGCAGUGUGGCCAGUGUUUACAGACGAGCUUUAACUCCAGUCCCAGGCAUGGAGACGGCGACCCAGCAGCCCAGUGGCACCUCAGUUCUUAACAAAUAACAGUAUUGAGUUGACAGGUUAAAAUAAACCAGAGAGAAAAGGUCUGUUGCACUUUUUAUUUGAGACACACCUCCACCCCGGGGUGAUCUUUUUAAGGAAAAAAAAAAAAAAGAUUUUUACAACAAUCGGUUGUCCUUUUCUAUGAAGUAGAUUUCUGAUCUGACAGUGUUGUUUUGUGCGGUCUUAGCCUCUGCAGAAAGUUCCACCUGGAAGAUGGUGACAUUUUUACUCCCUUUUCACUCCCUUUUUGGGGCUAAUCGGUCACCCUUUUGUAGUUCAGCCCCACGAAGGCCAGAGGGAGGGGGUUGGCGCAAGGAGCAUCCCAACCAGAAAUUUUUAACUUUUUUUAAUUUUUGAUUAUUAAUCCCCUUCUGCUGUGGUUUAUGUUGUCCGUUUUUAAAUUUUUUUAAAUUGUUUUUUUUAACUUUUACUUUUUACCUCUUGUGUAUAUGUAGCAAAUUUAUAGGGAAAUAUGUACUUUAUGGAAUAAAUUUUAAAAACUAAAAUAUAUUUUAUUUUAAAGUAACGGACCUUUAAUCUUA